AUGAAUUCUUUGUAUGUUGGCGACCUCCACCAAAAUGUUAGCGAGGCAGACCUUAAUGGGAUGUUUAGUGAGGCCGGACCCAUCUUUUCCAUCCGUGUCUGCAGGGAUCGGAUCACACGCUGCUCCCUGGGCUAUGCCUACGGCAACUAUUAUCAGCCGGCCCAUGCAGAGCGUGCCCUGCUCAUGUUCAGCGACCACACACUUGCAGGAAGAUAUCUGCGCAUCAUGAGGUCGGACCCUGACCCUGUCCGGAGGAAGAGUGGAGUGGGAAAACUCUUCAUCAAGAACCUGAACAAAAAGACCAUUGGAAAUAAGAACCUGUACGAGACCUUCUCAGUUUUUGGAGACAUUUACUCUCGCAAGGUGGUUUAUGACGAGAAUGGUGAAUCCAAGGGCUAUGGAUACAUCCAGUAUGAGACCCAGGCCUCCGCCGAUAGAGCCACUGAGAAACUUAAUGGGAUGCUGCUGGAUGAUGAAAAAGUAUCCAUCACAAGAUUCAAAUCUCGCAAAGAACGAGAGGAUGAACUUGGAGCCAAGGCCAGAGAGUUCAACAACGUGUUUGUAAAGAACUUUGACACUGACAUGAAUGACAAGAAGCUGACUGAGCUAUUCGAGGAAUAUGGUCCGAUCGUGAGCGCCAAGGUUAUGACGGACGACAGCGGGAAGUCCAAGGGGUUCGGAUUCAUUUGCUUCCAGAGACAUGAGGAUGCACUGAAAGCCAUAUACGAAAUGAACAGGAAGGAAGUAAACGGGAGGCUGAUCUAUGUAGGUCGUGCUCAGAAAAAAGCAGAACGCCAGGCAGUGCUGAAGGACAAAUUUGGCCAGAUGAAGACUGAAACCAAGGCUGGAUACAGAGGAAUCAACCUCUUUGUAAAGAACCUGGAUGAAGCUUAUGAUGGUUACCAUUUAAAAAAGGCGUUCUCUCCAUUUGGAAAGGUCAUCAGCGCCAAGGUGAUGAUGGAGGGUGGCCGUCACAAAGGUUUUGGCUUCGUUUCCCUCUCCUCCACCGAGGAGGCCAACAGGGCCUUGACAGAGAUGAAUGGCCGUAUCUUGGGAACCAAGGCGCUAUACGUGGCUCCGGCUCAGACAAAGGCACAGCGCCAAGAAUACCUGGCCAACCAGCACAAGCACUGGAUGCUGAAUGCUGCCGACUUCUACUCCAGCAACAAAGGGGUUCAGGGGAAUCCCAGCCAUUACAGGGAGACCCGCGUGUCUGGCAUGCUUCCCGCUCAGUGGAUGGCCACCCAAGACCAGGGCCAGCAAUCACCUGCCGCCACUGCCGACACAGACACGAGCGUGCCUCUGCAAAAGUAGGUUUGGUGGAGUGAAAUGUGCCUUAAAAAUAUACAGUUGCACUGUGAAGUGCACAAGCAAGUAGUAUCGUCCUUUUUUAAAUGUGAUUACCCGAUCACUGCUGUAUUGUCUAUUUGAAUUAUUUAUUAUAUCUGCACCUCUUUUCAGGGAUAAAACAUAUGCAGCUGGCGACAGCAAAACUAACCAAAUGCUGACCACGACAGUCCAUAUUCAAGUCCAAGAGCCAAACAAGGCAAAAGCAGGAAGAAUCUGUGCCAAACGCUAGAUUCUAAAGGAACAGGGUCCUGGAAACCGUUUUGACCACUGACCUUUUUUUCUUUUUUAAUAUGGACCCAAAU